GCCUCUCUGGUCCUGCAGGUGUCCUAUACGCCACCACCGGGAGCUGUGCCCUUGUUCCCACCGUCCACUUCUCUGGCGCCCUCCCCAACGCUGCCCGACAUGGACCUGGUGGCUGGUGGGGGACAGAGCCAGGCUGAGACUUGGUCCCUGCUCAGUGACAGCACCAUGGACACGAGAUAUUCUGGGAAGAAGUGGCCAGCCCCCACGGACACAGGUGGGGAGGAAGACACUGAGGACCAGGGCCUGACUGGAGAUGAAGCCGAGCCGCUCCUGGAUCAGAUUGCUGCUGUGGGCCCAGGGGGACCAACCACGCCCAAGAAGCCACCAUCCCACCCUCCUCCCCACCACCCAGGGGGUAAAAGAAAAAGAAGCUCAGCCCCGCCUAGAAAGCUGCUGUCAGACAAGCCACAGGACUUCCAGAUUAGAGUCCAGGUGAUAGAGGGGCGACAGCUGCCAGGGGUGAACAUCAAGCCUGUGGUCAAGGUCACGGCUGCUGGGCAGACCAAGCGGACUCGAAUCCAGAAGGGAAAUAGCCCACUCUUCCAUGAGACUCUUUUCUUCAAUGUAUUUGACUCUCCCUCGGAGCUGUUUGAUGAGCCCAUCUUUAUCACGGUGGUGGACUCACGCUCCCUCAGGACCGAUGCCCUCCUCGGCGAGUUCCGGAUGGAUGUGGGCACCGUGUACAGAGAGCCCCGACACGCUUAUCUCCGGAAGUGGCUACUGCUCUCAGACCCUGAUGACUUCUCUGCAGGGGCCAGGGGCUACCUCAAAGCCAGCCUGUGUGUGCUAGGGCCUGGGGACGAGGCUCCC